AUGGCCACCUUCCUACCUGGAGCCUCCGGAGCCUCCGGGCCGGACUCCAUGUCUCCCGACAGUGACCAACCGAGCAGCGCUCGGCGUCUCAUUGCUUGCAUAGCAUGCUCGAAGCGGAAAAUCAAGUGCAGCCGGGUGUUUCCUUGUGCAAACUGCAUUAGGACUUCUACCGAAUGUAUCCCCGGGACACCGGCUCCUCCGCGAGGCAGGAAACCUUACAAUCAGGCACUGAAAUCACGCCUGGCCCGGUGUGAGCAGCUUCUCAGCGGUCAAACUUUAGCCUCGAUUGCCUCCCCGACCACAGUCACCACGCCCAAGAAGUCGCAAUCUCGAAGUCCUGUGGACCCAUCCCCAGUCUCCAAAUGGACCCCGGAAGGGAAGCUGAUAGAAGACCAGAAUGGCAAGGUCGCUUUCAUGGACAACUACCUCCUGGGGCUGGUGAACGAAGAGCUUCGAGCCAUGGGUGAACUGAUCAACCUGGAUGAAAAUGAACGCAACAGUCCGCUUGAGAGCGUGCCUUCAGACCCCAACGCAGAUCUCCUGCUGGGAGAUGAUGCCGCCGACGCUUCGCUUUUCCAAUCUUGGCCGGGUGCCGCGCUUGUCUUCAAGCUGUGGCAGACCUUUCUUGACAGAGUGAACCCCUUUACAAAGGUGAUCCAUGUUCACAGCGUCCAGCGAUACGUCGUGGAAGCUACCAACGGCACUCAAGGUCUGCCACAAAACAUGGUGGCACUUCUGCUGUCGAUCUUCCUGAUGGCGGUUGUUGCAAUGACUGAAGAGGAAUGCUUCAUUGCGAUGAAGAAGUCCAAAGGAGCUGCCGUGUCAUCGUUCUCUGUUGGAAUCCGCCAAACGAUGCGACGUCUUGACUUUAUGCGGACCAACGACCUUGUCAUACUUCAAGCCCUUUGUCUGUACUUGUAUUCCUUGCAAGACCGAUACGACCGCCACAGCUCGUGGGUCUUCAGUGGCACCGUCAUACGGAUUGCUCAAAAGAUGGGUCUCCACCGGGACGGAGACAAGCUUGGCCUCAAGCCCUUUGAGUCGGAGAUGAGGCGCAGAGUCUGGUGGCAGCUGGUAUCACUCGACGCAAAGUUCGCCCUCUUCUCCGGCUUUGGUCACUCGUUGCUCCCUCGUGAUUGGGACGCCAGAGAGCCGAGCAACCUAAACGACGCGGACAUCUUUCCGGCCGCUACGCAACCAACACCGGACCGCGACGGCCCGUCCGAGAUGAUUCUCUGUAUGAUCCAGCACAAGAUUACAAAGUUCCUUGUGGAAACGCCCGGUCUCGAGCCCGUGAAAAUGAUGGGCGAGAUGAACGAAUCAAUUGGAGCUUCCCCGGUGGCCGGCGGGACGAGAGAACAGCAGAUGAGCUACUAUGUGACUCACUUUGAGCUAUUAGAGAAAAGUCUCCAGCACCUUUUGGACAAUCGUUGCAACCCCCAUGCAGGGCAGGUUCACGUCAUGGCGCAGGGGCUGAUAGCGGCUCUCAUCAAGCAGAAAACAAACUUGAUCAAGAGCAUCAGCGUCGGACCCAAACCCGGUCUAGAGGACCAGAGUGAAGCAGACGAUGCUUUCAAGUGGGCGGUGUCAAUGCUCGAUCAUACAGCGUUUCUAUACGCGGCUUCGGAGAACAAUGGGUUCAGCUGGUUCGCUGAUUACAACUUCCAGUACGAAGUACUGCUUUACGUCGUGGUGUUACUGGGACAAAGACUCGAGGGUCCCGACGUACAGCGGGCUUGGGAAAAUGUUGAAAUCUUUUACCGGUUCCGGUUCGGGAUCUACAACGUUACCGAGAAGUCGUGCGCGACGCUGGCGCAUUUCGUGCUGCGGGCGUGGUCGAAGAGGGCGGAUCUGCUGACCAGAUCCGGUUUCCCGCCAGAGACUCCCGAGUAUAUCAUCAAGCUGCGAGCCCGGGUCGACAACGUCUUGGCAGGCGGUGAGAAUACGCAGGGCGCGUUGAACCUCCAGGGUACCACGCCGGUCGACACCGAGAUGUGUGCGCAGGCGUUGCCGUCGAGAGGAGUGCCGCCUUUUGCAUAUAUUGGCAUCGGUCGGGAUCAUUUUGCCAAUCAUGAGACCUAUGACUGGUCGUUCUUGGAAGCCAUGGCAGGCAGGGAGAAUGAAGAGCGGCCGAGAGGUUCAGGUUUUCCGAGUACCCUGUGA